GCGUGAGCUUCUAAAGAACGGCGAUUCUCUAUUACACUUCCCCCCUGAACAUUACGCCGACGAUCGCCGCUCGCCGGGAGCUCUGCUUCUCUCCUCUCUCCGACGACCCAAUGGCCGUAUCGCCGGCGGCGGUUCGAGCCUUGAUCCUUUCCUUCACAUUUCUGCUGUUCCUGAACCUGCGUCCGAUCUCGCCUACGAAGGUCGGAUCCGAUUCCGGCGCGCCCGGCUGUGACGGCGACUACUACCAGGAGAAGUUCAGGCGCCGGGCGUCGCCGGAGAAGCGCCUCCCGGCGAGGCAGGGGUCGCCGUUCAAGAUCGCCCUGUUCGCCGAUUUGCACUUCGGGGAGGACGCCUGGACGGACUGGGGGCCCCGCCAGGACGUCAACUCCGUCCAGGUCAUGUCCACCGUGCUCGACGAUGAGGUUCCUGAUUUUGUUGUGUAUCUUGGAGAUGUCAUUACGGCAAAUAACAUUCCGAUAGCAAAUGCAAGCUCGUACUGGGAUCAAGCUCUAUCUCCAACAAGAUCGAGGGGAAUUCCCUUUGCCAGUGUCUUUGGAAACCAUGACGAUGCACCGUUUGUGUGGCCAUUGGAGUGGUUUUCAGCCCCAGGCAUUCCUUUGAUUCACUGCCCUGUUGCAAAUUCAUCAUUUUCAGAUUGCAGCUUCAGAGGAACACAGCGUUUGCAGCUCAUGAAGAAUGAGAUAGAGCAGAAUGCACUGUCCUAUUCUAGUAAGGGUCCAGAGGAUCUUUGGCCAAGCAUAUCCAAUUACGUCCUUCAGAUCUCGAUAACGGAUAAUCCUCAGUCCCCUGUAGCGUACCUUUACUUUCUCGAUUCUGGUGGUGGAUCCUAUCCAGAAGUAAUAUCAAAAGCCCAAUCCGAAUGGUUCAAUAACCGAUCUCUACAGAUCAACCCAGAUUCAAGGGUACCAGAGUUGAUAUUUUGGCAUAUACCUAGUAAAGCUUACGAAAAGGUGGCUCCAUGGAUCGGUGUACGUAAGCCUUGUGUGGGCUCGAUCAACAAGGAGACAGUUGCUUCUCAAGAAGCUGAAGCAGGGAUAAUGGAAAUUCUUGAAAAGCGGCCUUCUGUCAAGGCAGUAUUUGUUGGACACAACCAUGGAUUGGACUGGUGCUGCCCCUACAAGAAGCUGUGGCUAUGCUUUGCCAGGCAUACUGGGUAUGGUGGCUAUGGCAAUUGGGCUAGAGGCGCGAGAAUUAUUGAGAUAAAUCAACACCCUUUCUCUAUCAAGUCUUGGAUAAGGAUGGAGAAUCACGACGUACACAGUGAAGUCCAUUUGAGUUCUUAAAAGCGUUCGGUGUACAGUGAGAAAAAAAGCCACGUGAUAAAGGACAGUAUUCUCAUGUACAAAUGUGUCUAGCUCUUAUAGAGAAUGUAUAGAAUAAUAAAUUGUUGAUUAUAUCUUGCUGGUUACCCAUUCACGAUAACCUCGAUCACAAUAUAUAACCCAUUUCGAUGCCUGAAGAGUAAAA